AUGAGUGGUGCUUAUGCACAGGCUCUGAAUGAAUCACUAAAGACUUUGGAGACUUUGAUGAAUGAAUUUUUUGAUGAGAAUACAUCAAAUGAUAGAAAAAGAGAAAUAGAGAUUUCAUUGAAUGAUUUUAAUAAUGAACAAGGAGUUUGGAGGCAUUGUUUAUACUUUUUGUCCAACACACAAAAUGAAUAUGUCAUGAUGUUCUGUCUUAAUGUAUUAGAGAAUAUAAUAAAGGAACAAUGGAUAAGUAUGCUGGGUACAGAAAAAGGAGAAAUCCGAAGUGCCACUUACCAGUAUUUACUUGCCUGCCAUCAGAAUGUGCCACUCUCCAUUCGAAAUAAAUUAGGAAAGUUAAAUGUUGACAUAGGUCGUUUAGAUUGGCCACAUUUCUAUCCAGAAUUUUUCAGUAAUAUUUUACAGUUAGUACAAUCAACUGAAACAGCAUCUCUUGGACUUAUGUUACUACAGACAGUAUCAGAAGAAUUUGCAUUUCCUAGAGAUGAUAUUAGCAUUUCCAGAAAAGAAGAGCUUUACCGUUUAUUGGCAGAACAAGUUCCAAAUAUACUAAAUGUUGUUGGAGGACUUCUUGACUUAGUCCUAGAAAAACAUCAUUGUUUAGCAACAGCAACACCACCUCCAUCACCAACUCAUGGUCAAGAUUCAGAUUUGUCACCAUUCAACACUUCUCUUUAUCCAGGUAGUUUGUUGCAUAGUAUGUUCAAAUCAUUGUCAAAUAAGAAUUUAUCUCAAUCAAUACCCAUUCUCGAUACUGAAUCUUAUCAACUUUGUGUUCAGGGAUUAAAUUGUUUGUCUCAUUUCUUCAGCUGGAUUCCAUUAUCUAUGCAUAUUAAUUCAUCUCUUCUGACCACCAUUUUCCAAUUUGCCAGUUUUGGAUGUGAUUCUCUUCUUUCACACAAUCAGACUAUGACAGGAAAAGACAUACAAUCUACUCUAAAGAAAGGUGAAUUGGGAAUGCUAGCAAUGGGUUGCAUAAAUGAAAUUAUGUCAAGGAAUUGCAUUCCAUCAAAUUUUGAUGAUUUCCUACUUCAGAUGUCUCAGUAUACAUUUUAUUUACUUCAACAAUUAACGAAAGAUGAAAACACUACUUCCAGUACAAACAACAAUCGUUUACUUGAACUGGAUGAAAAUUACAUUGAAAAAUUUACGGAUUUUCUGAGAUUAUUUGUUAACAUUCACCUUCAGAGGUUUGAAAGCAAUGCUCAAUUUUCUGUUAUAGAAUUUCUGUCAUUACUCUUCAAAUACACAUUUCUUCAGCCCACACAUACUGGUUUCUUCUCCUGUUUGGAAAUUUGGGGAACAUUUUUAGAUUAUUUGACAAUUCAAUUAAAAAAUAAUCCUUCCAAUCAUUCUGCAAUCAUAAACAGGAAUCCGAUUUCUUACAAGUCGUUCCAAUCACAGCCCGACAUGUGUAAAGUACCAGAAAAAAUUGCACACAGUGCCUGCCACUUGCUGAAAUCUGUAACUUCAGUGAUUCGUCCUUCAUUUCUCUGCAACUUGGAGUCAAUUCAACAAUUGUAUGCCAUUGUUUGCCAAGGAAAAUUGAAUCUUCCAUUAGAGAGCCAGAAACUUGUUCACCGUUCCAUUUCCAACAUCUUACUCUUACCCUGGCCAAAUGUAUCUAAUGAUGAGCAACAGUGGGAAAGCAGAUACUCGCGUUUUGAAGAGUUUGUGAAAUCGAUCACGUCAUCAUUCAGACAAAUACAACAUGCGCCAAAUUUUAGCAUCGACAAAUACGUUCAAGAACAAGCCAAACCAGUCAUCAAAUGGACUAUCAGUCUUCUUCACGACAUGAUUGUGAAUUUCUUAGAAGCCACAACUAAGACGAAGCAAUUGUGCUUCAAAGCUCUUCAAGAAAACAUAGAAAUUGCAGUUUCUUUGGUUCCAAUAUAUUUAAACUUUCCAGAUGUCGGUGAAGAUAUUUUAGAUUUUUUUCUGAUGGCAUUGAAAGUUUUUAAGAGUCAAAUGGGAAUUGCUUUUGUCGAACAGACCAUUCAGAAAUUUCUCAGUUUAUUUACGAGAGACCAGCUGACAGAUUGCAUUUUGAGAGAGGGGAGUGCAGGGUGUCACGUUGUAGAAAAAUUCUUAGAAGUUCUACAACAGAUUGUUAAAGAUCCAGUUCCUGGUUUCAGAUCAUUCCUUAUUAGCAUUUUAAAUUUUUGCAUGAACGAUAUAUAUCCCAUUGUGGCUGAUUCUCAAUCUUUUGAGAUCAAGCAGGUUCUUUUUGAAUUGUUAUAUCAAAUCCUAGUUAACAACUGGAGAUUUUUCUUCAAGAGCGACAUUGUUUCCAAUUUGAGUCGACCUGGAAACGACACCAUAGAGAACAUUGACUACUUCACUAAAAUAAUGGAGGCUUACGGACAAACAUUCCUUCAGCACGAUAUCACGCUGUUUCGACAGAAUCUUCAGGCAUUGGAGAAUCUUAAUAAUAAAUGGAAAUUAUAUCAUAAGACCUUGUUUAAGAACCUAAUGAUAAAUCAGUUCCUCAACGUGUUGCUUCAAGCUCUUAUAUAUAAAUCGCACGAACUACUCUAUGACGACAUCUGCAUCACUAUCUAUAACAUGGCUUCGGUGAAUUUUGAAAAUUUUUACACAGUGUUUCUUCCACACUUUUUAGAAAAUUGCUCUGGGUUAGAUAAUAGCCAGAAGUCCAUACUGGGUCAAAAUUUCAAAUACGAAAAGGAUUUGCCGACUUUCACUCAGAUCUUGCACAGAUUCAUUAAUGACCUCCGUUACUAUCAUCUUUGUAAUCGGAGCCUGCCUCUGGGCUCUCUGGGUCUCUGACAGAGGAAGUCGGAGUUCGAUGUCGUUUCGUGCUCAAAAAAUUCUUUGUACUCGUAAAAGUUGCUUUUUUUAUAUGUCCCGAAAACUAGAAGAAUGAACCAGUUACGGGGACCAAUCAUUCGUUGCAUUUUUUAAGAGAAAGCGAAUCUGCUUUGGCGCGUGGACAUUACCGAUCGAUGCAUGUCGGAAUUUUCUGUAUUUAAUUACUAAUUUUCCAUUGUACAUGAUUAUUUAUAUCAAAGUAAUGAAAAUGUCACUCAUUUAUACA